CGCGGCGAGAUCAUCGCGGCUUGUUCUCCGCCACAGCCAUCACCAGCUAAUUGGGCUGCUCAGGCACCGUCGUCCAUCACCAGCACAAGUAACCGACCGGCUCUGCUUCUGCCCCCUCCGCCAGUCCGCACUCUGCUCCUCUAUGAUCCUCCUCCACUUCUAAGCUGCCCCAGCACCUCUUCGUGGACCUGCUUCCGCCGCCCGCUAGAUCCUUGUCGGCCUCUUUUUCGCUCUUGCCACUCGGCGCAUAGAGCGCGUCGGUCCUUCCCGCCUUCAUGACCUCGACUCUUGCUCCGCCGCGAAUGCUCUCCCAGUCUGACUCCUCCAGAUCCCGCAACAAGAGGGCCACCAACUGGGACGACUUCUACCGCAACGGCUAUCCCACAGACAUCAUCACCAUCGAGGACGACACUCCGCCUCCCGUCACCGCAGAGUCUGAUUCCACUUCCUCCAGGGGCUCUGGAUCGACCUCCUCCUCCACCUCCGCCUCCUCCUCCUCCACCAUGGCCGCUGCCACCUCCAGCAUCAGCAGCAUUCUUUUGAACAACAGCGUCUCCACCCCGCGAUCCUCCCAUCCCGCGUCCUCCACCCAACCCCCGCCCCAACACCAAAGCAACUAUGCAUUGAGUUACUCCGCACAGCAGCAGCAGCUCCAGCAGCAGCAUCUGCACUACCUGCCCCAGCACCAGCACUCUCCCGCAAACAUCUUCGAGGUCAACCAGCGCUCCGCAAUCGCUACAAGCACGUCCUCGUCCAUUGCCACUCUCGCGGUCCAGAGUCGGUCCACCACCGGCCGGCGUCGCAACCACGCUGACGUCGGCGUAUCAACCGCUACCGACCCUUCUUCGUCCACUAUACACAACGGCUACAGGCCAAACGUCGAAGUCAGCAAGCGUCGGAAGGUGGAAUACGACUCGCGAAGCAAAAAGCCGCAGAAAGCUACAGAGGUCUCCGUCAAAGUAGUUAACGAUACAUACCCCUCGAAAACUACUUCAAAGGUCGACGAUGACGACGGACAUUACAUAAUUAUCCCUAAUUCCGAUCUCACGACGCGGUACCGAAUCACAAAGCUCUUGGGCCAAGGCACUUUUGGAAAAGUAGUUGCCGCAUAUGACAACGAGCGGCAGACUUACUGCGCGAUCAAGAUCAUCCGAGCAGUGCCAAAGUACCGAGAUGCAAGCAAGAUCGAGCUUCGCGUCCUGCGAACGCUGUCAAUGCACGACAAGAAUAACGCGAACCGGUGCAUCCAUCUGCGGGACUGUUUUGACUACCGGAAUCACAUCUGCAUCGUCACUGAUCUGUUGAGCAUCUCGGUAUUUGACUUUCUCAAGUCGAACGAGUUUGCUCCUUUCCCGUCGUCGCACAUCCAGAAGUUUGCCAAGCAAUUGCUGACUAGCGUCGCAUUCCUUCACGAGCUCAAUCUGAUCCACACAGACUUGAAGCCGGAGAACAUUCUCCUGGUCGACAACAGCUACCACAGCGUGCCGUACGGCAAGUCUGGAACUGAGUUCCGGAAGGUUCUCAACAACACAGACAUCCAUCUCAUAGACUUUGGAAGCGCGACUUUCCAAGACGAAUACCACAGCUCCGUCGUCUCUACGCGACACUAUCGUGCACCUGAGAUCAUUCUUGGCAUGGGCUGGUCAUUCCCCUGCGACAUGUGGUCGAUCGGCUGUAUCCUGGUCGAGUUUUUCACCGGUGAGGCGCUCUUCCAGACACACGAUAAUGUCGAGCAUCUUGCAAUGAUGGAAGUCGUCGUUGGAUCUCCAUUCGAGCGGUCGUUUUCCCGACUCGCCGGAGCCCAGGCCCAGAGCUACUUCACGCGCUCAGGCAAGCUGGACUAUCCGACUCCGCAGACAUCUAAAAGCAGCAAGAAGUACGUGCGGAUGAUGAAGUCUCUCGACAAGCUUGUCCCGCCUACGGAUUCGUUCCAUGAGCAGUUCUUGGAUCUGUUGGAGCGGAUCUUUGUUUAUAAUCCUACGCAGCGGAUCACUGCUCGAGAGGCUUUGAAUCAUCCAUGGUUUAACGAAACUAGUUAUGACGAGGGAUUUAGCACUAGUGCGAUUUAACAAUCAAUGUUCUGCAGUGCUGCAGUUUACUUAGAUGACGUCCAGACGUCUUUCAAGCUGGACUAGAUGUUCUCCUUUAGGAAGAUACCGAGAACUUAACGCUCUCCUCUCCUCUCUCCAUGCUGCUCACCUGAUUUUAAUGUGCUAGUGCUUUCCUUUCUCUUCCACGUUCAUGGAAGACUUGGGUAGUAGUACCU